AUGCUGUAUCCUCGGGGUCUACUAGCAAAAUCAACAGUUCUGCGUGUGUGGCAGCGGCAGGGAGCCCGUGGACGAUUCUUGAGGUCCCUCUGCGUUCUUAUCUUCAUAGCUGUCGCCGGCAGUCUCUACCACCUUUGGGCUCACAAGACGACACCGAAAAAGAUCGUUGUCAGACUCGGCUCGCCGCAAACCCACCCUAUUGACGACCUCAUCACGAAUGCCACGGCUACAUUACACUCGCUGCUGUCGAGACAGACAACAACCUUGACUGAAGCCGCCAGUGCGUACCGUGAACGACGAGGGCGGCACCCUCCGCCUGGCUUCGACGUUUGGCACGCAUUUGCAAACGCGCACGAUGCGUUGCUGGUUGAAGACUUUUUUGAUCGGAUCUACGAUGACCUGAAUCCGUUUUGGAGUAUAUCUGCAACGCAGAUACGCCAGCAAGCCAGACAAAUGCCCAAUAAGAUCGUGGUGCGGAAUAAAAAGGUGCAGACCAAGAAAGGUGAUCGCAAGAGGCUGGACCAGUGGAUCGAUAUGGUAAAGAAGAUCCAGGAUAAACUGCCUGAUUUAGACAUGCCUCUGAACAUGCUGGAUGAGCCACGGGUUGCAGUACCUUGGGAGAAUAUAUCAAAUUAUAUCGAGAGCGCGUCGGCAGUGCGUCGGCAGCAGCCUGCGCACGAGGUCCUAAAGAGCUUCACUUCUCUGGACAUCGACGGCGAGACAAUCGAGCACGAUGAGUCUAAAUUCUCUGAGGAGCGCCCGUACUGGGAUUUGGUCCGCGCUGGUUGCGCUCCUGAUGCGCCUUCCUGGAACGUUUCGGUACUUGAGAACUUGUCGACGCCUCUUGGAGCCUGUCCAGAGAAUGAAUGUAAUAACAGCUCGGUACCAUUUACGUACGACGGGUUCGUAUCGAACUGGACGCGAGCGAAAGAUCCAUGCCUGCAACCAGGUCUUGUGUCCUCACACGGUGCUUUGAUUGCCCCUUUGAGUCAGUCUACGAGCCAGACAUUGAUACCUAUGUUCAGCUCCAGCAAGCUGUCAAUGAACAACGACAUCCUCAUUCCCGCAUUCGCGUACUGGCAGUCCAAAUCCGACUAUACAACCGGAGAUGCCCACGGACCAACCUGGGGCAAGAAAAUCACUGGGGUGAUAUGGCGGGGUAUUUCAUCAGGCGGUGGCAAUACACCUGAGAAUUGGACGCGCUUCCACCGCCACCGCUUCGUCCAGCUCAUGAACGCAACGGUAGUCCGCUCUUUCUCCCCGCCACGAACUUUCCAUCCGCCAUCGUACCGAUCGCACGUACACACGCCUCAGAAUGAUUUUGAACUUGCUCGAUGGGUUGAAACAAUCACCGAAGUAGCAUUCACGAAACUGCAAUGCACCAUCGGCAGCCAGAAUACGCAGGGUGAAGAGUGUGCACACGUGACACCGUACUACAAGACCGAAGGGAAAAUACCCAUGAAGAAACAAUUCUUCGCCAAAUACCUCCCAGAUAUCGACGGCAAUGGCUUCUCGGGUCGCUACCUCGCCUUCCUCCGUUCCACUUCUGUGCCCAUCAAAGCGACGCUUUUCUCCGAGUGGCACGAUUCGCGUCUUGUACCCUGGUACCACUUCGUCCCGAUGCAGAACUCGUUCGUGGAUCUCUACGGUAUAUUGGAGUACUUCGUGGGGUGGAUGAGCAAAGACGACCCGAGAGAAGACGGUGAAGUCCUUUUCAUGGAGGGUGGACAUGAUGAGCAAGCGAGGAAGAUCGCGAUGCAGGGCAAGGAGUGGGCGGAGAAGGUAUUGCGGAGGGAGGAUAUGCUGGUGUACCUGCUUCGACUGCUGUUGGAGUACAGACGGGUCUGCGAGGAUGACCGCGAGGUCAUGGGCUGGGUGGACGAUCUGCUCGGGAAAGGCUAGGUCACGUAGCUCGCAGCGGUCUUGCCAGUACGCUCUAAGUGUACCUCAAUGCGAGAAGUAACUCCUUUGAGAAAGGAAAUAGAAAAUUCCCUGAAAGUAACAGGUCGACGCUGGAUCGAGAUCCUAUCCUUCUCACUAGCCUCCAAGGUCACACCCCACCCGCGUCCUCCUCAUCGCCCACGACCCCAUCUCCUCUUGCA